AGAGGUACCUACCUAGGUACGUUAUGUACAUCCAUACCACCUACCAGCGCGCAACUUUGUAUGGGCAACAACCUCCACUUCUAAACUUCUAAGCUUCUAAACCUUUAUUCUCUAUUUUACAUCUUUCAUAAUAAUCAACCUUAAUACCAUUCAAUCUACCGUCGCAUAUGAAGGCAUUCACAUACUAAUCGAAUAAAUUGGCGCUUCCUCGCCGAUUACUCCUUUCCGAAGCGCUUUCUUCAUUGCGCUGACGGGUUUGAGCGCAUUCCUUCCUCGAUCGAUUCCCAGUCAUCAUUACUAUUGUCCCAUAAUCUGCCAAUAGUUACGAAUUUCGACGCGCCAAUACUUGCGCUUCCAAAUAGCCAUGGCUUCCAAGCGCAAGGCUUCCGCAAUGGCUUCGACUGUCGAUGAGGAGCCGGUAGACCCAUCUGACGAGCUGAUGUUCCUUUGUUUGGGAGGUGGAAACGAGGUCGGUAGAUCGUGCCAUAUCAUACAAUACAAGGGGAAAACGGUUAUGCUCGACGCCGGCCAGCACCCCGCCUACGAUGGCCUUGCCGCUCUCCCUUUCUUCGAUGACUUCGAUCUAAGCACUGUCGACGUCCUUCUAAUCAGCCAUUUCCACAUCGACCACGCUGCGUCUCUUCCCUACGUGCUAGCGAAGACCAAUUUCAGAGGCAGGGUGUUCAUGACACAUCCGACAAAAGCUAUCUACAAAUGGCUCAUCCAAGACAGCGUUCGAGUUGGAAAUACGUCCUCGAAUCCCACGUCUCAGCCUGUGUACACGGAGCAAGACCAUCUUAACACAUUUCCUCAGAUCGAGGCCAUCGACUACCAUACAACACAUACUAUCUCCUCUAUCCGUAUCACUCCUUACCCCGCUGGCCACGUGCUAGGCGCUGCGAUGUUCUUGAUAGAAAUCGCGGGUUUGAACAUAUUCUUUACGGGCGACUAUUCUCGAGAACAAGACAGACAUCUUGUUUCAGCGGAAGUGCCUAGAGGUAUAAAGGUUGACGUUCUUAUUACGGAAUCUACGUAUGGAGUAUCAACUCACGUGCCAAGACUGGAGAGGGAGCAAGCUCUAAUGAAGUCAAUUACCGGUAUUCUCAACCGAGGAGGCCGCGUUUUGAUGCCUGUGUUCGCCCUGGGUCGAGCCCAGGAAUUGUUACUAAUUUUGGACGAAUACUGGGACAAGCACACAGAAUUCCAGAAGAUACCCAUUUACUACGCCAGUAACCUCGCGCGGAAGUGUAUGGUUGUAUAUCAGACUUACGUCGGAGCCAUGAACGACAACAUCAAACGUCUCUUCCGGGAACGAAUGGCCGAAGCGGAAGCUGCGGGAGAUGGUGCAGGUAAAGGAGGACCAUGGGAUUUCAAGUAUAUUCGGUCAUUGAAGAACCUAGAUAGAUUCGACGACGUCGGUGGUUGUGUUAUGCUUGCGAGUCCUGGUAUGUUGCAAAAUGGAGUUAGCAGAGAAUUGCUAGAGAGGUGGGCCCCGAACGAGAAGAAUGGUGUUAUCAUUACAGGUUACAGCGUUGAGGGUACCAUGGCGAAACAUAUCGUUCAAGAACCCGACCAAAUCCAGGCAGUCAUGUCGAGGAACGUCCACGCCGUAAGGAGAGCGCCGGGCGGAGAAAAUGAGAAGGUGAUGAUACCUCGGAGGUGCAGCGUCGCUGAAUAUUCCUUUGCAGCGCACGUUGAUGGGCAAGAGAAUAGAGAGUUCAUUGAGGAAGUGGCAGCUCCCGUCGUGAUCUUAGUGCAUGGCGAGCAGCACAAUAUGAUGCGGCUCAAAUCAAAGCUACUUUCGAUGAAUUCAGGAAAGAUAGAGAAAGAUAAAGUUAAAGUGUACAGCCCUAGAAACUGCGAGGAACUACGGAUAGGAUUCAAAACCGAUAAAGUAGCUAAGGUGGUCGGCAAAUUAGCAUCGAUUCCCCCUCCGAAACAGUUACCCUCGCCCGACGAUCAAACUCCUGAGCUUGUGGCAGGCGUCAUUGUCCAGAACGACUUCAAAAUGUCUUUAAUGGACCCGGAAGAUUUAAGAGAAUAUGCAGGCUUGACUACUUCUAUGAUUGCCUGCAGACAAAGAUUUACGUUAAGCGCGGCUGGUAUUGACCUUAUCAAAUGGGCUCUAGAGGGAACUUUCGGUAGUAUCGAAGAGCUCCCAGAGACCAAGAACCGAAAGGAGAACGAUGAGACCAAUGGGGAUGGCAAGAUGACUGACGUCGAUGAGGAAGUCGCCCAACUUGUUGCGGCAUAUUUGGUCAUGGGUUGUGUUACUGUGAGAUAUCGCAGCAACGGUGAGGUAGAGUUAGAAUGGGAGGGUAAUAUGCUCAACGACGGCAUUGCUGACGCUGUAAUGGCUGUCCUACUAUCCGUCGAGAGCAGUCCUGCAGCCGUUAAGCGAUCGGCGAGCAAGCACUCUCAUUCGCAUGAGCUACCGGCUCGCAACCCCCACGCCAAGCUCAACCCGCAGGAACGAUUGGAGCGCCUCUUCCUCUUCCUGGAGGCACAGUUUGGUGCCGACGCCCUGUCACCCGUCGCUACCCCGAAGUUACCGCCUCUAGUUAAGGACAAGAAGCCGAAGAAAUCGGAAGACGACGACGAUGAUGCCGCUUCGGAUGCAUCUAUGGAGCUAUCCGACGACGGCGAGGAAGAAGAACGAUUGCUUCAACUGAGACAACAGACCGAACUUGAGAGAUUGCACAAAAUCGGAAUUCCCGUCCCCGGUGUGGCUAUCAAGGUAGAUAAGAUGGUGGCUACGAUCUGGUUGGAGGAUCUGGAGGUAGAGUGCAGCCAAAAAGCAUUUGCAGACCGAGUCAAGGCUGUGGUGGAAAGGGCAAUUGAAGUUACGGCCCCCCUUUGGGGUUAAGAUCGUUCCCCGAGUGAACGGCGAACGAUAUAAAAGGGGUGGCUGGGGGUCAUGCAUGUAUUAUCGAUGCGUUCAGGAGUUCUGCCGGUUGGAUGUUUUGGGGAAGUCCGGAUCGGGUUGUUAUCAGAUUCAAAGGUAGGCUAUCGGAAAGGCGCGCCUUACAAUCUGAUGAUCUAGAGGAGGCUCUGCGAGGCUCGUGCCUCUGAUUACAGCGGUGAAAGCAUUGUUUAGAUAUCAAAUAACAAUCCCUCGGUGGUCAGAUAGUCACUCAGCUAGCUACCUACCUACCUACCUAUCUCCUAAGUAGUUAGUAUCUCCGAGGACUUAAGCUAUACACAAAAGUAAUACGCCGAACUCCGCGAAACUCCGCCAUGUACUUCUCGAUCACGAGUCUAGCAAAUGAAAUAAGUGCCGGAACGUCUAUAAGCCUUAUGAAUCUGUUGUCAUCUAGCACCGCCAAUAGCAAAUAGCUAUAACCAUGGUUACAGUGACUAUAGAAUCUUCAAUCGAUCGAUAGAAGUUAUCUACCCAUAUAGGGGGAGCAGUAAGGUACAUAAGUACACCUUGGUAUAAGCCUUAUGCAUAUGCAUAAGGUGGAUUAUUCCCAGUCUGGUUAUACAUGCAUAUUUUGUGCAUUUUAAUUAAUGUUCCAGGCCGCCACCAAUAAACUGCUUGGGGUGCCUUUUAGCCAAUCACAUGGCG